AUGCCAGACCAGAGCAAGUAUAAGGCCAUUGAGGAUAAGGAGCAGCGUCUUGUGUUUACUGACCAUGCACGUAAACGCCUCUACACUUUGGACAUUGUUCAGUACCUGAACAAGAAUCUUGAACUUAUGAGGAAUGAUAGAGUUGAUGAUGUGGAUUAUGUAGCAAAAGCUACUGAGCUGGACUUUGUUCGUCGUAAUAUUGGAAGUGGUUGGGUUCCUGUUGUGCUUUCCUGCAACAGCUUCUUGAUGUGCAGAUACGGAGCAGAUAGAGCCAUAGAGGAGCUGGCAUGUGGACUAAGAGAAAUGAACGACAACUUCAUGUGGGAUGUUAGAGAAUCAGAAAUUGGAAAACAUCCUGGUAAUUUCAUGGAGGAGACAUCAGGGAAGAGUUUGGUUGUGAGCUGGUGCCCUCAGCUGCAAGUUUUGGCUCACAGAUCUGUGCGAUGCUUUGUUACACAUUGCGGAUGGAAUUCGGUUCUCGAAGCAUUGAGCUUCGGAGUACCGAUAGUGACAAUGCCACAUUGGGCUGAUCAAGCAACCAAUGCUAAAUUUGUUGCGGAUGUGUGGAAAGUAGGAGUCAGAGUGAAGAAGAAUGAGAAGGGUAUUACUACAAAAGAAGAAGUAACAAAGUGUAUCACACAAGUUAUGGAAGAAGAGAAAGGGAUGAAGAUGAGAAAAGCUUCAUUAAGGUGGAAGGAACUAGCUAAAGAGGCAGUCAAUGAAGGGGGAAGUUCAGAUAAUUAUAAGAACAUUGAAGAAUUUGUAGCAGAAGUUAAGCAAAUUUGUUACUCCAUCUGUUAUAUAUUAAUAAUUACGAGAUAUUGA